AUGACUUCAGAAGAUGAAAAAUUGUCUCUUCCUUUUAAGAGAACACAAUUUCCUGUACGAUUAUGUUUUGCCAUGACUAUAAAUAAAGCUCAAGGACAGACAUUAGGUUUUGUUGGUAUAUAUUUACGUGAACCUGUCUUCUCUCAUGGACAAUUAUAUUUCAACAUUGCACAAAGAUAUACCAUUAAUAUGAUCACUCCCGAUACUAAAAAUUGGACCUAUAAAGUCCAAGUUGUUGAUAAAAGUCGACCAAGGGACAACAAAGAUAAAACCACAAAAUACCAAGUCUUAAUUCUGCAAGAUGAAGAGGAGAAUCAAGUUCAGGCCACUAUUUUCAGUACUGAUAUAACAUAUUUUGAAAAAGAAUUUGCUCCUUUCAAGACUUACUUGGUAUCUGUUGCACAUGUGAAAUUACCACCUCUUAGAUACGAAAAUCCACUUAACAAAUUCAUUUGGACACUCGAUAAAAAUACCAUUGUUGAACCAGUUGAAGAGGUCAAACCUCCAGAGGAUCCAUUACCACCACCAACACGACUAACUCUUACCACAUUUAACACUUUUGAGUAUCAAUCCAAAGAAUUUGAAUUUGAUGUACUUGCCAUUGUCAUUAAUGGCAGUCCUUCAACAAAAACUACAACUGGAAAACGAAUUCAAGAGUUUAUUGUCAUGGACAAGCUGUAA